AUGCGCCACAGCCUCACGCAGCUGCUGGCGGCCUCGGCCGGCGGGGACAGCCCCUCGGGCGCCGUCUGGCCGCUGGCCGGAGCGGGGCAGGCCCCGAGAGGGCGGGAUGGCGGCGGGGAAGGGGACCCGGGCCCCGCGCGGCCCAAACCGCUGCCGCCGCGGCGGGAGCCUCCGGGCGCCUCGGAGCCGCGGCGGCAGGAGAAGGAGGCCGAGGCGCCCGGCGGCCCGCUGGAGGUGUGGGAGCAAGAGGACUGGUUCCCGGGACUGGAGCUGGGAGACCUGCUGGAGGCGGCCCGGCCGGACUGGGACCUGGACGCGGAGCUGAGCGACUGCUUCUGUGGGGACCCGGAGCCGCUGCCCGCGCCGGGCCAGGGCCCGCGGCCGCCGGCGCCCGGGCGGAGGAGCGGCGGCGCCGGGAGCCGGCUGAAGGCGGCGGCGGCGGCGCGGUUGAACAGGCUGAAAAAGAAGCAGUAUGUGCUGGGGCUGGAGAGCCGCCUGCAGGGCCUGGCUGCCGAGAACCGGCAGCUGCGGGACCGCAACCGCGGCCUGAGCCGCCGCCUGCGAGAGCUGGAGCGGGAGAGCAGCUACCUGCGGGCUGUGCUGGCGAACCAGAGCGCGCUGGGGCAGCUCCUGAGCCGCCUGGCCGGGACCCGCGCCGGCGGGCUGCAGCUCAGCACCAGCCUCUUCAGGGACACGGGCAGCCCCCGCCGCCCCCAGCAGCACCUCCUGCCCGCCGGCGAGAGCAGCGACCACGACUACGCCCUGCCCAGCUCCCGGCCCCGCGGUCUGGAGGAGGCGGCGGCGGUGACUGAGACGGAGGAGGAGUGGGCGGCCCCCGGCGGGAUCUGCCUGCACGUGGACCGGGAUCAGGUGUCGGUGGAGUUCUGCUCCAUCUGUGCUCGGCGGGCAGCGGCCUCCUUCAAAAUGUAGGGUCAAGUACCUGCUGCAAGUACUCGUGGGGUUCUCACCCGUAAGGGCCUCGCGUCGCGGCGGAGGAAGCAGGCGAUGGUGCGCAGGAAAAGAAUCCAUGCAAUGGUGAUGGGGUGGUAUUGGGGGAGAUGCAGAGGUGGGGAACCUGGCGCUUACUUAAGUGGCCAGGGUAAGAAAAAUUCUCUCCAACGGCACGUUGGGAGCCAGACGGUGGCCUUGGUUCAAGGUCCUGUAGUCUGGCGUGUGGACGGUAGUGGUGUGAGCCUGUUUGGCGAUGGGAGUCGCGCAGAGCUGCGUGCAGCAGUGCGACAGUGGUCGUGCAGACUGACACGCGCGUGGUGCACACGCGGAGGUGCCGCCAGAGCCCGUUCGCAGCACUUGGGUGAAAAGAUCAUGCCGACUUGAUGCAUGAAGGUGUGCUCGGCUCCGCCUCGCAGUAAAGAUAAUGCUGACUACCCGGUCUUGAGUCAGAUAAUGUCUAGCCUGCUUAUCCUGAGGAGCCGAAAAUGCUUGCUUAGAAAACCAAACAAAAACUCCAUUAUGACAUCGUCACUGGACAGACUUAAGAAAAUAGUAAUGAUCGGCAAAAGAAAGCAUGCAUAUAAAAUUGUACUGCAUCUCAGUUAUACAUUACUAUUAAAACCUCUCUGACAGUUUCUCUUUUAGGUGGUUGCCCUGCCAGGCUCCGUUGUGUAGGGGUUAAAGAACAGUCGUUUUCCACCUCGCAACCUGGUAAGGAUCAAUAUAUUCCCAUAAUGUGGUAUCAGACAGCUUGCUUUGCUUAUCCCAGUCUAUCGUAAUGACUGGUUCAGAAAAUGGUUUCUCUGGUCCUUGGCCUCCUCUGCCAAAGCGUUUCUAGCUCUGGAUGGCAAUUAUAGUAAAGGUUACAAUCACAUCAGUCUCAUUAGCUGUUUUCCUUUUUUCAUUUUUGAAACAACUACAUUGGCUGCAUAGUAGCCAAUACAGGACCUACAUUUUGAAUUUUAAAAAACUGCUCGUGCAUUUGAAAUAGAAAUUUCCUUUUAAACCAAGUAUGUGAUGAGUGGAAAAAGGAAAACAUGCUAAUAAGGGGGAUGUGGCAUUUAUAGUCUUUUAUUAUAGGGCACAGUCCCAAAAGUCUUAAGUAAGUUACUUUUUGAAUGAAAAAAAGGAAAGGAAAUUGUGACCUGUUGGUUUAAAAUGCUGUCUAGUGUUAGGGAUGCACAGAACCAUUCAAAAGCCCCUCUCUAGCUUGCUCUAAUUCACAGUGCAGAGUUUUACCUGAUGAAACAGCCUGAGCACUGGUUAAAUCACUGCAGGGGAGUCCUCACAUAGAGGAGUUGCUCUUGCAUGGACCUCUGAGGAGAAGUAGGUUUGAAGAAUCAGUGCAUCGAAGUAACUCAUUACUUUACCUUCCAUAAGUAAAUCUCUGUCCCCAUGCACACUGAAAUUCCUAUGUUACAUCAGAGUAGCUUUAAAUUUUAAAAAUAUUGCAUGUAUAUGCAUGUGCUUAACUCUACAGUGGAGUUCUUAAUUCAGCCUCUUACAGUAUCCAGAAAUCUAUAACCUGAUAUAAUUAAGCACCGUUUGGAGAUGAGCAAAUAUGUGUCUUGAGGCUAAUGAUAUGAAAAAUGCUCCAUAAUUGCUCCUGAGAUAGGAGGAAAAAUAGUUUGACAAAAAAUAGUGUGUGUUUUCUUGUAGUAGUCAGUGUUUCUCCCUAUCACAAAAGAUGAGUGGGUUCUUUUUUUCAGUUGUAUUCUAAUGUUUAGGUUGUUUAAAUGUAUGUCAGUUGGGGGAAGAUGGAUUGUGAAAAUGAUAAUAUGUAAAGUGAGGUUUCACAAAGAAUACUUUUCUAAAACAGAUUAAUUUAUAAAUUUUUGUUAAAUGAUGCUAUUUAGUGUUUCUGAAGUCGUGUUUCUUAAAGCCUUAAAUGUUGUGUUUAAGGCUAAGCAGGUGAAAGCAUUUUCUUCCAGUCAUUUGCUUUAUUGGUGCUAGACCCUGUCAUGUGUUCAUCAGUAGAAAAGGAGAUGGAUUUUUCUUUGUGAAACAUCACUGUGUGAUAAAGUAUAUGUGUAUUUAGCAUCCUUGUUUUUCUUUAUGCUAAAGUGGAUUCAGCUGUGUUGGGGCAGAAGAGACGGGACCAGCUGCUGGCCACAUUUCCUGCUUUAUUUUAAAAGGUAGUAUAAGAAAUGAGAAUAAAGAGGUAACAGGGCUUUUGCUGUCUUUGGUUAAAAAAAAGAAGUUGAAUGCUGGGAUUAUUUACUGUCAUCCGAGAUGAUUUUUUAAAAAGGCAGUAGUCUGUCAAGCAGGUUUUACUACACUGUAUGCAGAAUUCCAUCUGUUCAGGGGAUAUUGCCAGCCCAAAAGAGACUUAGUGGGAUAUGUGUGACCUUACACCUCUGUGGUGGCAUCAACAGGGCUGUUCAAAGUUUCAGUCUUGGGUAACUCUGCUGUAACUGAGGGGUUAUAGCAGUGCACAGGAGUCCGAGUUAACCACCAGCACCUGCACUGACUGAUAUGCAGAAUGGAAAUAAUUUACGUUCAACCUAAUCUCAACCCGCCUAGCUCAGACCUCAUGAACGUGCUUCAUUUUUCAGUUAAUGUGCUUGAGGAAAAGAGAAACACUAAUGUAGCAAGCAUGGGAUGUUCCAGUGGCAUUUUUAUGGUUACUUCAGUGUAGGAGUGUUUUUUAAGUUAAUUAAAUAUGCAUUCUUUCUUGUCGCAUCACUGCUGAAUGGCAGGGUCAGGGACAGUUCUUCUGGCCUCUGCUGUGAACCUGCACAAUGCUCUGUCGUGACACGACCUGUGGCUGUGUCUGAGAGCAGCUGAUUUUCUCACAUGCAAACUGAUGUAUUGUGGUACAAGAACAAGGUCAAGUCCCAAGAAAGUCAGUGGCUGCAGGCAUUUCUAGUGCCUACUGAAUCAUAUUUAAACCAAAUAGAAGGGAGGAAGUUAUUUGAAACUAACCAACUGUACUAUCUGUAUGGUGUAUUAUUAAUGUAGCUUUUUGAAGUGAAAGCCUUGAAAUGACAUAACUUAAUACUUGAAAAUAUAUUGUAAAUGUUUCUUUGUAAUUAUGUGCCAUUCAGAUAAGAAUACAAUAUCAUAAUAAAAUCAGACUUGUUGAUCUUUCAGUUUAUGGGCUCAAAUGUUUUCUUCAUCUUUUUCUUUUCAUUAAUGACUUGGUUCUUUUAACAAAGUGGUAAAACAGAAAGGGGAAAAUGUUGCCGCUAUCUCUUGGUCAUCAGCUGGAAAACAAGAUAAAAUGGAUUAGGGUAUGCAGGAGAAAUGUUCUUGCUCUUCUGUCUUUAAAGGUAAUCCUGUGGUGAGGACAACACAAAGGUGUUAUUCCUUGAACUGCAGAUAGAGCUGUACUUCUGAGAAUCAGCACUUCUUGUAUUUCACAGUUCUUAAUUUUUUUAUUAAUAUGGAUAUGUUUGAUCAAUAUACCAUGGAUAUGUAAAAUACUUUCAUAAACCCUUCUGUGGUUUAUUGGCAUCUUUCUCCUUUCUGUUCUGUUUUUAGGCUCUGAAGUUUCAUGACUGGGUAAUUACAUGCUGUUGAAUCACAAUCUUUCAUCUAAUUGCUGUUUCCACACUAAGCACCAGAGUAAGUGGUUCUGUUGGUUAAAGUCUGGUGGCUUCCGGAGGUAUGACAAUGCACUGUCAUGUAAAAUACUUGGUCCCUGGGAAUCUCCCGUCGGGGUGAUUAAGGUAAGGCAGAUGGGAAUACCUGACACAGCAACAGUUUGAAUCAAGAAAAUGAAAUGAUCUCUACCUAACAGAGACUGUAUUGCUGCUGCUCCUGGGUAUAGAUAAAGAAUGUGUCAUGUUCCUGCUGUAAUUACCCAUUUUUAAGGAAAAGGUAGAUAAAGAUGAUGAAACUCCUUCAAUAUAUUUUCAUCAGCAUUACAGCAUAAAUUUUAACUCCUUUCAAUUAAAGGUCUCAAUGUUGAAUUCUUAAUUCUCAUUAAUAAAUAUUUCCAUGUGCAUUAGGGGAUGCUAGAAUUUUACUGAAGUGACUGUUGACCAGUAACUGUACAGCUUUUACAGUUACAGAACCAUUUAGGUUUGGAAAAUACUCCCAGGACCAUCAAGUCCAACCUUUCACUUAUCACCAGCUCCUUCACAAGACCAUGGCACCAAGUGCCACAUCCAGUGAUUUCUUGAACACCUCCAGGGAUGGUGACUCCUGCCACCUCCUGGGCAGUCCAUUCCAAUGCUCAGCAAGCUUUUCUGAAACUAAAUUCCUGAAAUUCCUCCUGAUGUUCAACCUCAAACUCCCCUAGCACCAUUUGAGGCCAUUUCCUCUUGUCCUGUCACUUGUUGCCUGGGAGAAGCCAACCUCCACCUAUGGUGGGUUAAGACCAUACCCAGAUUGGGAGUAUUGCUUCUGUAGAAUUCCUGAUUUAGCUCUUAGACUGCAGAAUACACUAAGGACACCUCAUGCAGUAGGAGAGCUGCAAUUUAUAUUGCUCUAUAACAUAUAGCCACCAGUGUGAAGACACACCUGACUCAUAAAUGCAUUACUCUGGACCACUGAUCUUAGACAUAGCUGAGAUACCCCAGUAAUGGCAGCAGCCCUCAAAGGCCUCUCACCACAGCCCCAUCCUUCAGGAAAAGACUUAAUUUCAAGGCAAAAUGGUUACAAGGCCAGAGGCUGCUUUUUUGAUAUGCUGGGAAGCCUGACAGGACUAUCACUCCUGAUUUGCACAGAUUGCUCUGUGAUAAAAGUGUUCUCCACAGUGUGACCCAUUUAACGGUGUAAAUGGGAUAAUCUUUUGACAGAAGUUUUGUGCUAGCUGAAUGGGGAAAAGGGAGAAAAAUACAUUUUGAGUAGAUCACUAGCAAAACCUUCCUUGAUAUUCCCUCUUUUAGUUGUGGGGUUUUUUGGGUUGUUUUUUUGGUUUUGUUUUGUUGGCUUUUUGGUUUUUUAAUAAAUUUCUGUGGUUUGCAUUAUGAAGGAAAAACCUCUUUUUCAAGAAGACUUGUAUUUUACAGCUUCUAAAAGCUGUAGCAUCACCUUAGAACCAAACAUUAAGCAGGGACUAUAAAUGCUUUCUUGCCUCCCAUUUCCAAAGCAACACACCUGUCUGCUAUUCAAAUGUAUACACUAAACUGGGCAUAAUGAAAAGUUUAACCUGCACUUAAGUUCAAAACUUAAAAAAUGCCAGUGCAGAGACUGGUUUUGUAUUAAAAAGACACAGCAACACUUUUUCUUGUUUAUUAUGGUUACUUAUCCAAGGCAAUUAAAAAGUUGCUUUACUUCACUCGGGUAGCUCUUCAGGAUCCCUGCUACUGUUCAUCUGCAGCAGCAUUUUGAUAUAUAUUCCGUGCUGUUUAGUGGCAAGAUAUAAUCCAGUGAGAGCCUGUACCAGUAUGCCCAGACUCAUCUUUCUAAAGACAGGCUGAGAAGUUGUGAGCCAGUAGCGUAACAGGUUUUCUUUCCCUGGCAAGGGAGUUGACAUAUACCUAAACAACAGAAACAGUGGUAUAAACAUUUUAUCCAUGUAAGUGUCAAGAUUUAACAUAAAUAUUUAUGUAGAUAGUAAUUUUCUCUUCUAUGUUAAAUUCACCUGGUGGUACUAAGCUCUCUGCAUAAAUGCUUUAAAACAUCCUGACCAUGCCCUGGUCUCACUAAACCUUGCCGUGCCCUUGCUGUGCUCUGAACUACACAGAAUGACACCUGUCAGGGGCUUUGGCUGCUGGGCACUGCCCAGGGUCACUGAGGUCUCUUGGCUGUCCAGCCACCCUCAGUGGUGGCAGGAUGGCAGCCACCACUGCACACACCGAGGCACAGCCUGGGAAACUUGGAAGGCUCCUGCUAAACACAAGGGCUUCACCAUGGAUCACUUUGCAGAUCUUCUUUCACUUUGGUGUAGCUCUUACAAACUUCAUUUUGUAAUUAGAUGACCUUAAUGUAUAUCUCCUUCCACAUCCUAAAUGUCUACAAGAAGACAAAUGUGCACAGAUCAAAUAUCUACAGAAUUUACACUGAGAACAGAACAUUUUACCCAUAAAUACAUUUCACUCAAUACACUGCAGAUAAGACGUACCUGGCUGCAAGGCUUCCAUUCAAGGGGAUAGCCAGGAAAAUGGGAUAGAAACCACCCACAACAGCACCUACUAAUCCUCCUCUGAUCACAGCACAGACCUCACAGUUCAGCUGACCUG